AUGGGGCAAGAGGAAUUGCUGUGGCGAGUGGAGCAGACUUUAGCAGAGGCAGGGCAUGAACUGCUGAACGAGGCGGAAUAUCCUAUCAUUGACGAUAAGAUGCCUGUGCUAGUAGUUUUGGCAGGGAGGCGAGCGGCGCGCCUGCAGUGGUUACUCGCAUCUCUAGCGGGUGUUACGAACAUUGGUGACGCUCUUCUAGUAAUUUCACAUAGCUUCUACGACGAGGCAGUGAACGAGCUCGUCAAACGCAUCGACUACUGCCGAGUCCUGCAGCUUUACUUCCCAUAUUCCGUCCAAUUAUUCCCAAAUCGUUUCCCUGGAGUAGACUUAAACCGUUCGCGUGCUGCCGCUUUCGCUGCCGAGGGAAAACAACACUGGUGGUGGACUACGAGCUUUCUCUUUAAUCAUUACAGUUUGAUUGAUCCUAAGUUGGGUCUAGCGCUUUUUCUUCAAGAAGACGAUUACGUCGCACCAGAUUUGCUACAUAUGCUCAAAUACGCGCAGCGAGCGUUCACUUACCAUCCUGAAGCAGAAGUUAUAUCACUUGGAAGACCAGUUACAGAAGCUGAUUAUAGUUUGUUAACGGUCGCGCCAUGGCAACCACCUUUUGAGUCAGGACUAGCGUUUAAUCUGACUUUCUUUAAGAAGCUAAAAGCAUCAGCAUCAUACUUCUGCCAAUACAACGAUGCUAGUUGGAGCUAUUCGCUGCUAUCCGCCUUCUCGUCCUGGCCGCGUGGUUACGUUGAUAUGAUAGCGAGUAUGCUGCCUAGAGUUGUGUCGACGCGGGAGUACGCUAGCGGGCGGGAAGGGGCAGAGAAAGCGCGGGGGCUUUUCACUAAACUGUUUCCUACGCGCGUCCGCGUAGCUUACAUAGCGACAGGCGACGGCAGAGUCUCACAUCCAGAGACAGUGCCGCGCGGAGCGGGGGGAUGGGAGGACGCGCGCGACCGCCUGCUGUGCUUGGACCCGUUCCUGAUGACUACAGAACAGCCUAGGAAUGGUACUUCGCCGUCGCAGGAUCGGAUGCUUAAGCUGCCGGGCAUGUAA